UAGUAGUUGUCAAGUCAUUGCUGGUUCGCUUGUAAUGGCACACGUCGUAGUGCUCGCGAUUUCCCUUGCGUUUUUUCGAAUGACUUCCGCAUCGGUGGCUAGUGGAAGAACAACCUAUGACUGUGACGUCAGAGAACACAAAGGACCUCAACCGGUUUCUCUCAAUGUUACAUUCCCUCCGUACAUUGCAUUGGGAGAGAAAGCCAGCGUCAUUGUUACGGCAACAAGCAACGUCGAUCAAUGCAUUGUGGUCAAAGCAGGUCUACAAGCCACACAGAACUUGAAUAUAGUCUCGGCACCUUGCGACGUCUAUGCUUCGAUAUGUCGACUCUCGGGUACCGCAUCGUUCGUCUUCUACGUUGUCCCAUUUGCUGCUGGAAUCGGCGUGCUCACUGCUACCGUGGAAUACGAUCCCGAAUUUGCUUCGUACGCUCCGGGUAGCAAUGUGUAUCCUCACACCGGUGUAGACAGGGCUGCUGUGUCUCUGAGUAUUAGGCCAGGAGGAGUGGUGGUGCCCGUGACCAUUACGUACCCGAUCUGCGCUGAAGAACGACUGAUUGGAGUAGGAAUUCGCGUGGGUCCAAUUCGAGCUGGACGCAGAAGGAGGUCCGUCUGCGAUACGACAGCGCUCCCUGGCUUCCCAGCAACUGGUCACGUGUACGCCACAGGUGAUCGUAUGCCGAGAAGGGGCUACAUCGAUGUUGACCCUGCUCUAACUAGUCUGAUGUUUUCGUACGCUGAGGCAACAUUGGCAUACUUGACAGUUAAUGCGUAUCUUUACAAUUACACCCAAGCCACAGGACAAGACAGCUACCAGUUCAAAGAAAACCUUAUUGCAGCUCUGUCCGUAGUUCGAACGAAGCUGAGAGCUGACGUUGACUUAGAAGACCGCACUGAUCUUUCAGUUGAAGACAUUUUAGAACUUUUAAAGUUAUGCCUCGGACAAACCUUCUUCCAAUUCAAGAACAGGUUCUUUAAACAAACCGACGGAUGCCCCAUGGGCAGCCCAAUUUCAACGACCAUUGCCAACUUAGUCAUGGAGUUUGUUGAAGACAAGGCCUUAAAGGACGCAGGACAAUUCAUCACCUUUUACAGACGUUAUGUUGACGACACAUUUGUGAUUAUUAAGAAGAAUUUCACCAACACAUUCUUUGACAAGCUGAACAGCAUUCAUCCUAACAUCCAGUUCACGUGCGAGGAGGAGAAAGAGAAAAAGAUCGCCUUUUUGGAUGUCCUCGUGCAAAGAGACCCGUGCGGAAACUUGAAGACCUCGGUUUACAGAAAACCGUGCGACACAACAAGCGAGAGAUAUUACUGUAACAUCGGCAAGACAACACUCAAUCAAAACGACAAAUUUAAAGAGUUCAAAUAUUUCAUAGUACCUUUGCAACAGAAAGAUCUACAUAGAUCAACCACACAGAAAUAUGACAAGUUUACCCCCGCGGGAUAG